AUUAGGUAUGUAAGAGAGAAAGAGCGUCAGGGUCUCGACUUCACUUUGGAACAUCAAAUGGUUUAUUAAACUUCUAGAAUUUGAUGGUAACUCUUGAAGUCCUGUACCUAGUACCUUGUACAUACUACUAGUAGUGCUUGCAUCAAUAGCAGUACUAUCUGCGGUUACUUACAUCCAAAUAACUAAUCGAUAUUAGAGGUAUAAAAGGUAUACAAUACAUAGUGCAUAAACCGUUUUGUUCUUCCAACGCCUAAAAGUAAAAAGGCUGUGUUUUUCGCCUCGUCGUCUUUACACCACAUGCAACAACCAGAUUCAAUGCUAUUUAUCUACAUACAACUUGUACUAGAUAUUAACUCCUAAAUCACCCGACGAACAAAAAGCCUCGAAAAGACAAGAACAUGUGCAUAAUUCCGUCCCUAAUGGUACUACAGGCAUGAUAGAACGACGCGACGCUACAAGAUAAAGAAAAUCCAAUAAACCGCCUACCGAAAAAAAGAAAAAUAGCAUCUCCAGACCUCCGUCCCUCUCUCUUCGACGACAGCUCAGUAUUCGAAAAACAAAAGUAAUCCUGCUACAUUUCAUCCCUUCUCGGCCGCCGACUCCAGGCGCGCCUCGAAUCGCUCGCUCAUCAUGUUGCGAUCGUUGCGAUUGUUGCGAUCGCGACCAAACAUAUUAUCCCUUGGCACCAAAGUCUAUGGGUCAAAUCCGCCACCCUCCCAAAUUAUUCAUGUCCAGAAGGUCAAGUUUCGGAAGAGGUGGUUUAAGCCAAAUAAUUUUAUCAUAGCCGCCUGCGUCUAUUACUUCUGUUUCCAAGUCUACAAGACAUCCGUCGUCGAUACGCUUACGCACUGGGCCGAUGAACAAGUUAAGGAACUAUCCGAUGAGGAACGCGAAGAAAUGGAGGAGGAAAUACUCGAACCUUUAUUCAUCCCCUUCCCUUUUACCACCAGACUGGUCGAAUCCGCACCCUACAGAAGCACCGAUCCCGAAUGGAAGGCCUUUAUUACUGUCAACAAGAACCCAGCACUUGUGAAGAGUAUCCAGUCCGGCCUGGCCGUACUGACCUGUAAGAUAGCCAGUUCGAACUCUGCGCUUGUGCAGAAAUGCGGCAAUGAUAUGCAACUGGGUCGAUGGUGGCUAGAUAUACAUUAUCCUUACAGGCCGCCACCGGUAUUCAUCCGAAAAGGGCUAUUGAUAGACGACGAUGGAAUUUCCAUCGCUGAGGACCCUAUCGAGCCCGUUGUAGCUUUAUGGAUACAGAGAGCUCUCUGGCCGUCUACCUUGACGCUUUCGUUGUAUAGUUUCUCGGAGGCGUUAGUAAAACAAAAUGCUUCCAAUUUUGCGAAGCUAUUUGGCCUUGACGCAAAUCCCACCCCGACCCCUCCUCUACAGCAGACUAUAGAAAAGAUCCACCAGCAAUUCAAAAAGUCUGCGCCCAAAUCCAACUCCAAAGAACAUAGUGCUUUGCCAUCUACAAGCACACAGGCUGCCAAUGGUUCCUCGCCCGAGUCGGCCUCCCCCAUUGAGAAGAGAUCCACCGAAUCAUCACCCGCCCCUGGGUCCACGACAGCCUCUCCCGGAUCAGGUGUGAGUCCUCUCCCGAUUAUUCCGAGCGAUACCGACUCAGACAAGCCGAAAACCCUGAUGGACAGUAGCGUCCUCAAGUUCACACAAGAACACACCAGUGGGCCUUGGGAAGCAUUCAAGCAAAAGUUUGCACAAACGUGGCGACCUAUUCGUGAAUUACCCCCGCGUGGUGCGAUAUACGUCAGUGGUCUAGUGGAAAUAACCACGGCACGUGCCUUUAUCACUGUCGAUGUUGCCGCGUGGUGGGACCCCCAAACAGAAAAUUUCGAUUUAAAAACAGCGGCUUUUCACCUAAAGUCUCUACGUAUGAAGACGCAAAAGCCUCAUAGGGGAAAAGCCGAUGAGUGAGAUCGAGAUAAGACGGACCACAUCCCCGGAAGUAUCAUCACGAACGAUAACGACACAAGCAUGCAAGAAUUGUACUGGCGUUUAGGGUCUAGGGAGGGAAGGCGAAAGGAGGAUAGGGUAUAGGUACAAGACAGGAGCUCCACAUGCAUACAUAG